AUGGCGAGCUCAUUUGAAAAGUCGGUCAAGGGUGCGACCAAGAUCAAGUUGGCGCCCCCGAAGACCAAGUACAUCGAGCACAUUCUCGUCGCAACACACUCCGGCGAGGCAGGCGUGGGAGAGGUGUUUCGUGCGCUGCAGUACCGGCUCCGCGAUUCGGCAUGGACGGUCGUCUUCAAGAGUUUGAUUACGGUCCACUUGAUGAUCAGGGAGGGCUCGCCGGACGUGACCCUGGCCUACCUUGCAAAACACCGCAACCUGCUUGCCGUGAGCGUUUUCUCCGAUGCGCAAACUCAAGGCCGUAACAUUCGCCACUAUGCCAACUACCUCUCGGAACGCGCGCGAGCAUUCCGCGAAACCAAGAUCGACUGGGUGCGCAUGAGGGAGCCGCGCCUGGAGAAGCUCCCUGUGGAGAAGGGCUUGCUGCGCGAGACAGAGAUUGUCCAGAACCAAGUCACAGCCCUGCUCAAGUGCGAUGUCAUGGACAAUGAGCCCGAAAACGAGAUUACCAUCACUGUCUUCCGAUUGUUGGUCUUGGACCUUCUAGCUCUCUUCCAGGCUCUCAAUCAGGGGCUGAUCAAUAUCCUUGGACACUUCUUCGAGCUGUCCAAGCCGGAUGCCGAAAGGGCAUUGGAGAUCUACCGCACCUUUGCGAAACAGACGGACUAUGUUGUGCAGUAUCUCAGCGUUGCCAGGCAAUAUGAGCACCACACCCGGGUCGAGGUGCCCAAGCUGAAGCAUGCUCCCGUCAACUUGGGGCGCCAGCUUGAGGAGUAUCUGAGAGACCCCGACUUCGAGAUCCACAGGAGGCAGUACCUCGCCGAGCAGGAGGCGAAGAAGAAGGGGCUCUCGUCCAAGGCGAAGACUUCCUCUAGCACAAACACCAAAUCGACUGCCACUCAGUCAUCCGACUCCACCUCCAAACCUGAGGCUAGCAAGGGACCAGACGCCGACCUCAUCGAUUUUUUCGAGUCUAUCGAACAGAACCAGACGACGAUGGUCGUCCAAGCGCAGCCCGUGCAGACACAACCGCAACCGCAACCGCAACCGCAACCGCAGGUCCAGAUGUCUAUGGGCAUGUCUCCUUGGGGGCCUACGCCAUUCCAAACUCAACCAGUGGCUCAAGUGGCUCAGGUUCAGCCGAAUGCUUUCAUGGCUCAGCCCACAGGAUUCCAGACCGGCAUUGGCCUCCAACAGCAGGCUCAGACACCAUUCUCUAUGCCCCAGCAAACCCCUCAGCAGCUCAACCCGUCGUUUACAGGUGCUGGUUUCGGUGGUUUCACGGCCCAGGCUCAACCGCAGGCUGCCUUCCAGCCGACAACUUUGGCUCCUAUCCCCCAGGACUCUAUGGCCACCUUCCAGACUCAAACCACCGUCCCGACAACAACAGCACCCACCUUCCAGACUGGCCUGCAAGCACCGCAGAGCACGAACCCAUUCCGUCAAUCGAUGCUUAUGGCCCAGCAGACCGGAUCGCCCUUCACCUCUACUCCUGCCUCAGUGAACCAGCAACGGCCGACGACCAGCCCAUCCACCAACCCCUUCGCCCGCACUUCCCCCCAGACCUCAACUCAGCCCUUUACCACUCCCGUCUCGAGCUCACCCUUCCAGCAAACUACAACCACCACAGCUGCUCCCAUGCAGCAGCCUCUUCCUACAGGCAGCACGAACCCCUUCGCGAAGAACUUCACGGGUUCCCAAGCCACCCAACAAGCUCAACAACAGCAGCAUGUGCAGCAACGGCCUGUCACAGCAGGCGGCAUCCUUUCUCAACCCACUGGCAGCACCAACCCCUUCCGACAGGGCGCCUUUGUCAACCAUACUACUGGUCUGGGCUGGCAGCAUAGCCAGCAGCCGAUCGGUGGCGGACUGGAUCAGCUUGAGACGAUUCCUGUGUUCCCUAGACCGGCGGCUCAGACGCCCUGGCAGCAGUGA